AUGUCAUGGCCCAAUCAAUGCAAAUUAAAAUAUUUAUCAAUACAUAGUUGUCUCUAUAGUCAAUAUUUACAUAUUCUUCAUCAGUUACCAUAUCUAGAAACACUUCAAUUAGAAAAAUGUAUUAUGGACAUGAAUAAUAUGUUUGAAUCAUCAUCAAAUUUGUUAUUUAACUCACAAUUAUCGUGUCUAAUCAUUACUGAUUGUUCGCUAUCGAUAGAACAUCUCAGAUCAUUAAUUUUGAAAACACCUAAACUUCGUGAAUUUAAAGUAAUUUUUCGUUCAGGAGUGUUCAACUCUGUUAUUGACAUUUAUGAAUGGGAAAAAUUCAUUCGAAUUGAACUCAAUUUUCUUAAUCGAUUGGAAUUCUGCGUUCCCUAUACAAAUUCAACAGAUAAUGCCAUUAGUUUAAAUUCGAUUAUAGUUCCAUUUCGAGAAUCAUUUUGGCUUAAUGAAAAACGUUGGUAUACUGUCUGUGAAACCGUCAUAGGCGAUUAUAAAGAAAAUAAGAUAUUACUUUUUACAAUACCAUUCACUAUAAAUAUUGAUGAUUCCUAUGGCACAUUAACUACACUUUCCAUGGCAUCAAACAAAAUCAGUGACAAAGGAAUGCACUUUCUUUGCAAAGCAUUACAUAAGAAUAUGACAUUGAAAGAACUAAAUCUUGAAAAUAACGAAAUUACAAAUGAUGGAGCAACAUAUUUAUCUCAAGCAUUACAGAACAAUAACGUACUCGAAAUAAUCAAUCUUUCAAGAAACUAUAUUAGAGAUGAUGGUGCUAGAUAUCUCGCCUCAGUGUUACGCAAUAACACGAUCGUUAGAGUGCUCGAUCUUAGUGACAAUAAAAUUAGCAAUACUGGAGCACAAUAUUUAUUUGAUGAUUUACAACAAAACACGACAUUAAUUACACUUUCCAUGGCAUCAAACAAAAUCAGUGAUAAAGGAAUGAAUUUUAUUUGCAAAGCAUUACAUAAGAACAUGACUUUGAAAGAACUAAAUCUUGAAAAUAACGAAAUUACAGAUGAUGGAGCAACAUAUCUAUCUCAAGCAUUACAGAACAAUAACGUACUCGAAAUAAUCAAUCUUUCAAGAAACUAUAUUGGAGAUGAUGGUGCUAGAUAUCUCGCCUCAGUGUUACGCAAUAACACGAUCGUCAGAGUGCUCGAUCUUAGUGAGAAUAAAAUUGGCAAUACUGGAGCACAAUAUUUAUUUGAUGAUUUACAACAAAACACGACACUAGAAGAACUCAGCUUGAAAUGUAAUCAUAUUGAAGCUGAAGGGGCAAAAUAUCUUGCUGAUGCCUUACAAGAGAAUAUGACACUUAGAAUGUUAAACCUUGAUGAUAAUGAAAUCGGAGCUGCUGGAGGUCAUUAUCUUGCUGAAGCUUUACGAAAGAAUAAAGCACAAACGCUUACUGAACUAUUUCUGAAGGGUAUUCCCGGUGGAAAAAAAAGAUAUUAUACAUCAAAAACGACAGAAAAUAUGGCUUCUCUCUUGCGUAACAGCACGACACUUAUCACAUUAAAUUUAAUAAACAAUCAUAUACCAGCAACUGGAAUACCUUACUUAGCUGAUAUUCUAAGAAAUCAUACUACAUUAACCACAUUAUGUUUAGAAAAAAAUCGAAUUGGUGACAAUGGUAUGGGAUUCCUUUCUUCUGGAUUACAAAAUAAUACGACACUUUUGAAAUUAAAUCUUGGCAUUAAUGAAAUUAGAAUUUCUGGAGCAGAAUACAUCGCCAAUGCCUUACAGAAAAAUACAACACUCACCACACUAGAUCUCAAACAUAAUGGAAUCGCAAAUGUUGGAGCACAAUCUUUAGGUGUUGCAUUAAAACACAAUAUAGCACUUACCACAUUAAUUCUCGGAAAUAAUCGAAUUGGAGAGAUUGGAGCACAAUCUUUGGGUGUUGCAUUACAACAUAACACAUCACUCACUAUACUAAAGAUCGGUGGCAAUGGAAUCCGUGAUGUUGGAGCACAAUCUUUAGGUAGCGCAUUACAACACAAUACAACACUCACCACACUAGAGCUCUGGAGUAAUCCAAUCGGAGAUGAUGGAGCACAAUCUUUAGGUAGUGCAUUACAACGCAACACAACACUCACCACAAUAAAUCUCGGACAUAAUCGAAUCGCAGUUGUUGGAGCACAAGCUUUAGGCGAUGCAUUAAAAUACAACACGAUGGAAGAACUUGAUCAUGUGCCAUUAGAAACAAUGAAACCUAAUUAUCUCAAUCUGCUUCGAGAAAUCGAUAAACUUUUAAGUUUAUCAACUAAUUUAAAUAUCAAUAAAAUAGAGACAAUCUUUAACAAUAUAACUGAGAAUAUUGAUCGAAUAUUGGAUCAAAUGGUUUUUCAAAAAAGUUCAAUGUUUCUCAUUACAACAUUAAAUAUAAUUGUACGCAUUUCUGCUGUCGAUGGAUCUGAUUUGUUUAUAUCACGACAACCUUUUCAUUCAAUGUUUAAAAAAUUGAAUCAUCUGAUAAAGUGUAUUCGUAAUAAAAAAGAUUAUUCUCCAGUGAAUGCCAGUGAUAUUUUGGAUGCAAUACUUCUGAAUCUUGUAAAAGAUGAUUUUAUUGAAAUUUGCUUUCGACGAAUUCUUUCAAAUGAAACAGCAGCAAUCAAAGUUUCUAUAUGUAUUGAUGUUGGUUAUAUUCAAAAAACUAUUCAGUGGAUUCGUUCAGAUAUAUUUGCGUCUCAUAUGAGUUAUAUUGGCAAUCCAAUCGUUUGCAUUGUUUACAAUUUAUCGAGAGACAAGACAGGUUUAAAACAGCUUCAUACAGAAAAAGCCUUUGAUAUUUUGAUGGAACGUAAGCAGUUAAUCAAUAAUAAAAACUAUAGUGACUUGACAGAAAGUUAUGGCCGGGCAUUGAUCGCACUAGCUACUAGUGAUGAACAAUCAGAAGAAAAUAAAAAACUCAUUCUUGAUACUAGUAAAAAUUUAUAUCAAUUAUGUAAGAAAAUUGAUCAAAACGAUGACUUAGCAUUUGAAGGAUAUCAUUUAUCGGAAUUAUUGGAAUUAUUAGAUCGUGCUUUCACAAAUACAUAUGUAAUAAAACAUAUUCUGGAAGAUAAGAUCAAUGAAAAAUCAACAGCAAUACAGUACUUUAUAGAACUUUUUUUAUCUCUUUACGGAGCUCUGCUGGAUCCAGAACCAGAUGAACUUGAAAAACGUGCUGUCAAAUAUUUACUUCGAAUUCUAUUACAGAUUUCCAGUUAUCCAGAAUAUCUCAAACAAUUAAUUGAUAAUCAACAGUUUUGUAUAAUCAUAGAAAGUCUGGCUAAUCGUCCAAAACGGGAUGAUGCAAAGCGUAUUUGGUGUAAUAUUCAGCAAAUUAUGUCACCAAAUGAACAGAAAAAAGAAAUGUCAUCGAAAAUCUACAUUAGUUAUGAUUAUACCGACGAAGAGUUUUGUAGAGAAUUUGUAAAAGAGUUGCGUAAGAGAAUGACGACACCAAUUUGGAUUGACUAUGAAAAUAUUGAUCUGUCUGAUGAUAUGUGGGAAUACGUAUCUCCAAAUAUUAUAUCGGCAACAAUGGUUAUUAUCUUGGUAUCAACAGCUUAUGGUGAUAGUACUGAUAAAUUUCAAGAAUUAUCUUAUAUCAUUUCUACUAAUAAAUCAAGAGAUGAAAAGAAAGGCUUAAUCGUAGUCGCAAUUGAACCCAAUUUCAGUUUCAAUCGAUCUUGGAUGAAAGAUCUGUUACAUGACAAGCCUAUGGUACCCUGUGAAAAUAAUAUUGAUCAUAUGGCUUGGAAUGUAUGUGAACAGCUUGGUAUGUUGAAGAAGCCGCGAAUUAAAUGUUUAAAUUGGAUAUCCAAAAAUUUACGAAGAGAAACAGCUCAAUCCGAUGAUUUUUCAACCAAAACUUUGAAACUGAUUCCAGAAAACGAUAAAAUCUAUUCUCAAAAGGAAUCUUCACAAGUGGACGGCAGUACCGAUAUUUUACUUGCAUCAGAAAUACAUAAUUCACAGUCCAAUAUUACUGGAUCCGUCAGUGGUUCAACCUGGGUAUGA